UUCCAAAUACAGUGUUGGAUGAUACAGUAGUGCAGUUUGGCUUGGCAACCUCGGUUGGAUGAGGAGGAUGAGCAGCAGCACCAGAAGUGCAGAUUGCGACGAGUUGCUGUGCGUCUAAUCUGGAAGCGGUCUAGUCUCCAUCGUUGGCAAGGCUCGGAGUGGGUUUUAUAGUUGAGCACUUGGGGUGAAGAAUGCAGCGGGAUGUGAUAGAGCUUUGCUUCUCAUUAGCUCUUCCCCUUUCCACUGUCUUCAUCAGGAUGCUUCACAGAAGAGAGUACCUGUAGGACGUGAGGCGGGGUAGAGUUAAUGCAGGACAGGGGGACGUCACAAGGAGCUAGUCUCGAGAGCAGCGUCUGUUGUAGAUUACUCCUGGUACUGGUCUUUGUUUUUAUUGCACUAGGUGGUGUUUUGCUCCUGGGUUAUUUUAUUUUAUUUUGUUUCAUUUUUUCUGUUGUAGGGUUAGGGUUCUUCUGAUGCUUGGAUGUAGGAUUGGAAUGCUGCGUGGGCACAGGCCAUGGGAGAGAAGAUAACUCAUAACUUUUGAGUUUCAUCGCCGAGGAAGCACAAAUUUGUGUCAGAUAGCCGUGAAAUUUCCGUGCAGAGGUGUUUGAAAGGGGAUGAGUUGUUGAGCAGACGCAGGAAGAUCAAAAAUACGCUGGACUUUUCUUUGUCUUUUGAGUUCGUGGUGUUCGUAUCUUUGACGUCUCUGAGAAGGAUAGAGUAUAUCUGCUGGCAUUCGGGUUCAGAACAGAAGUCGAUUGGUCGUGCGGGGUUUAGCCGUCGUGAUGGCGGACGAUGCCCGGGAACGAGGUGGAGAUUAUAUUGCAGUGGGUAAUCUGGACGAGGAUUCUCAGCCUUCGAAUAGGAACCCGAAUUCUUCCUCACAGGGCUACUUCUCGUCGUUUCCUGGGAGUAUCAAGUAUCUGGUAUGGAACGAAUUUUGCGAGCGAUUCUCCUUCUAUGGAAUGAAGACAAUCCUUGCGCUUUACUUGGUGCAACAUCUCCGGUUGAGCGAGAACGAAUCCACAGAACUCGUGCACCUCUUUAUUGUCGCGUGCUAUGCCACCCCGAUCCUGGGCGCCUUCAUCAGUGAUUGCUACUGGGGAAAGUAUCGCACUGUUCUCUACUUAUCAAUGGUGUAUUGCAUUGGAAACUGGCUUAUGGCUGCUUCUGCCUUGCCCAAGGCCGAUCCCACCAUACAGCGCACUCUCUUUUGGUCCACAGCGGGUGCCUUGGGGUUGAUUGCAUUUGGCACUGGUGGAAUCAAACCCUGCGUAGCGGCUUUCGGCGGUGAUCAGAUUCAAUACUCACUACCAGACGGCCCGACGAAGGAGCGUCUGCACCGUCAAUUCUUUUCCCUGUACUACUUCGCAGUGAAUGCGGGGUCAGUCCUCUCGACCAUCCUGACCCCAGUCCUCCGGGCGGAUUUCUCCUAUGCAAUUGCCUUUGCUGUCCCAGCUGCUCUCAUGAUGUGUGCCUUGCUCAUCUUCUGGUUGGGACGCAAGACAUACGUGGACCGUCCUCCAGAAGGCAACGUCUUUGCGGAGGUAGGUGGGGUUGUUGUGGACGCCAUCAAGCUUCGCAGGAGCAGGGGGGGAGGAAGCCACUGGCUAGACAGUGCUAGAGCUAAACAUGAUCCGGGCGUUGUCGAGGAUGUGAAGGGGCUCAUGCGUGUGUUGGCCUUGCUCCUCCCGACUCCCCUCUUCUGGUCCCUCUUCGAUCAACAGUCUUCCAAGUGGGUCUUUCAAGCUAACACUAUGGAUGGCCGCGUUCCAUGGCUGUUCAAUAUCACCAUCCAGCCCGACCAGAUGCAGGCCCUCAAUCCUGUGCUCAUCCUGGUCAUGAUCCCCCUAUUCGACCAAAUCAUAUACCCAUUUCUCGAGUACCACCGUUUCUCACUGCGGGCGGUGCCAAGGAUGGUCAUUGGGAUGAUUUUGAGUGCAAUUGCAUUCUUGUUUUCCGGCCUCUUGCAGCUGGCCAUUGAUAAUCAUGCAGCUUCGGGACAAUCCUUGUCGAUUUUGUGGCAGAUCCCACAGUACGUGGUGAUUACAGCUGGGGAGAUCAUGUUUAGCAUCACGGGCUUGGAAUUUGCAUACUCGCAGGCCCCAGAUUCCAUGAAAGCCGUAGUCCAGUCUGCGUGGCUCUUCACUGUCUCGGCAGGCAACCUUGUGACUGUCGCACUGGUGGCAAUUAUUGGCAACAGCCUCUCAAAAGCAAACGAAUUCUUCUUCUUCGCAGCUGGAUGUGUGGUAGCGAUGCUGCUCCUUCUAUGGGCUGGUUCACAGUUUGUCUACAAGCAGCGAAGGUCACAAAGUUUCCAUGCGCCUGUGGAUGAGACUCUGAUAGUGCAUGCUACAGACGACCGUGCCUAUGUGGGAUGACGUCGCUCGUUUGACAGAAAAAGCUGUGAAAAUAAGAAGGAAGAAACAACUACAGCUACUAUUCUCAAGUUCAUUUUAUUUGUUGUCGAAAUUCAGGAUACAGCUGAAUUGUCAGACCUUGAGGCAUCCCUGCUGGAUUCGUUCUCUUCAUCAUUUUUAGUAAUUUUAAUGAGCCAGUAAUUCUCAGGUACAAUCUCCAAGCUAUUCGGUAUGUAGUGGGUCUUGAGAGUUGGGGAGUGGCAUCUGCCUGGGAGAUUGCCAGGUCAAGGACUGGGAGUCAUUCCACCAGCCUUCAAUUGUUUCAUUGAUUUAGAAACUUCAUUGGAAUCUGUACAUUGCUGAGUCGUACUGUGAAUACAGCAUACAAGUUGGGUAGUCCACAAGUGUGUUGCUAAGUGGCAGAUACCACGCAUUCAGACUGGUCCAGCUUUAGUGUUCCAUAUUAUCAUCAUUAUUUUAUUUCCUUAUUGAAGGAUUUUAGAAGGAUUUCGCAACUUACAUAAUGUUUCUGCUUUUAGCGGGAAAUUGGCUACUGUAACCACUCA